UCCCAGGUGCAUGUGAUUAAGUGACAGUGAUUGAUUCACCAUCAGUGCAAUCUAGGAAUGUAAGCUCAUAGAUCUCGCCUUUGGAGCAGGGGCGGACAGACAACUCAUGGGGCCCCCGGGCAAUAGGGGAUCAUGGGGCCCCUGUGUCCUUGCCCAAACUCAAAAAAGCCUAUGAAAAAAAGGUACCAGGGGCAUCUCAUGGGGCCUCCUACUGACCCUGGGCCCUCGGGCAGUGCCGAGUUUCCAAAUGGUCAGUCCGCCCCUGCUUUGGAG